AUGGUGGGAAAUCUGGAUGAUAUAGGCGACUAUAACAAUUAUGUUGCUGACACGUUCAAAAUGCCUUAUGAUCCGGACACGGCUGCCGUUUUGGUCCUGAGUACACCUACCAUGUUUGAUGUUUCUUUCAAAAAAUGGUUCAUGCAAAAGCGUAAAGAGUAUAAAACUAUGGAAGCUGUAGUCGAAAACGUGCCACAACCUAUCCAAAUGUUUGUGGAGUCUCGCCUCGAGCCACUGCGCAAGAAAUUAGAUGACGCUAACAUAGACUAUGAAGUUUUCUACGACAGCUCGCUAUGGCCGAAUCGCAAACCAAAGAUUCUUUUGCAGACAUGCGGACAU